AAUUUCUGAAACAUUUGCACCUGGGGGGGGCGGUUUGUUCAGAAAUUGUCUGGGCCCAUUUGUGCCCAAGCAACCGUUGUGCUUGCGAUUUGCCUUUGGUUGUUUUUCCUUCCCCCCUCUCACCUCCGGGCCACCCUGGCCCGCAUUUCGUUGCGGCCCACGUUCUGCAAGCAAUGUCAUAAGACUCGUCGUGGCCGUAGGCCGCGGGUCAGCCCUAAUCAACUACAACUCUGGCAUCAGCGCGCGCAAGAGGAGCGAGCACUGGCAGCGGGCGCUGGCGCUGCUGAGCGAGCUGCGGGAGAUGAAGCUGGAACCAGACGUCAUCUGUUACAGCAUUGGGACCAUCGCGCGCGAGAAGGGCGAGCAGUGGCAGCGGGCGCUGGCGCUGCUGAGCGAGCUGCGGGAGAUAAAGCUGGAGCCCGACGUCAUCUGCUAGAGCAUUGGGACCAUCGCGCGCGGGAAGGGCGAGCAGUGGCAGCGGGCGCUGGCGCUGCUGAGCGAGCUGCGGGAGAUGAAGCUGGAACCAGACGUCAUCGGCUACAGCGCUGGGAUCGGCGCGAGCGAGAAGGGCGAGCAGUGGCAGCGUGCGCUGGCGCUGCUGAGCGAGCUGCGGGAGAUGAAGUUGGAGACCGACGUCGUCGGUUACAGCUCUGGGACCAGCGCGCGCGAGAAGGGCGAGCAGUGGCAGCGGGCGCUGGCGCUGCUGAGCGAUGUGCGGGAGAUGAAGCUGGAGCCCGACGCCAUCGGCUACCGCGCUGGGAUCGGCGCGCGCGAGAAGGGCGAGCACUGGCAGCGGGCGCUGGCGCUGCUGAGCGAGCUGCGGGAGGUGAAGCUGGAGCCCGACGUCAUCGGCUACCGCGCUGGGAUCGGCGCGCGCGAGAAGGGCGAGCAGUGGCAGCGGGCGCUGGCGCUGCCGAGCGAUGUGCGGGAAGGUGCUGCUGGAGCCCGACGCCAUCCUGCAUACAGUUCUGGACACUGCGCGUGCCAGAAGGAAAGAAUUUGUCCCUGGCACGUGCACUCGCCUAUGCGGCCUACGCGCCACUGCGGCCAAUUAUCUACGUUCUGCGCCCCAGUCGUUUAUCCCGCUUCUUGACCUUUGUCCUGGAGCCGCCAACCAAAAAAAAAAAGCCAGAAGGAC